AUGGUGAACCAGCUGGUCAUGGCGGCGGCCGCAGGGCUCGCCGGUUCAAGCGCCGUCGCGCCGGAGACUCUCCUUCCCCUGCCGCCCAUGGGCUUCAACAACUGGGCUCGCUUCACGACCAACAUCAGCGAGGCAAUCUUCGUCGACGCCGCCAAGGCCAUGGCCGAGACGGGUCUUCUCGCCGCCGGCUACAACCGCAUCAACCUCGACGACGCCUGGUCGACCAUGGACCGCGCCGCCAACGGCUCCAUGGUCUGGGAUGAUGCCAAGUUCCCCAAGGGCUUCUACUGGCUCACCGAGCACCUCAAGUCCAUGGGCUUCCUCCCGGGCAUCUACACGGACGCCGGACGCCGGUCCUGCGGCGGCUAUCCCGGCGCCCUCGACUACGAGCAGAUCGACCUCGACGACUUCACCCGCUGGGGGUUCGAGUACCUCAAGAUGGACGGCUGCAACAUGCCGGGCCGGGGCGAGGCCGUCUACCGCAGCAUCUACGGCCGCUGGAACAAGAUGCUCAGGGCGGCCGAGAAGCCGAUGAUUUUCUCCAACUCGGCACCGGCCUACUUCUCGGGCCGCGGCCUUGCCACCAACAACCUGACGAACUGGUACCUCGCCAUGGGCUGGGCGCAAAAGUUCGGCCAGCUCGCCCGCCACUCGGCCGACAUUGUCAACUACCCGAGCGGCAACGCGUGGGCGAGCAUGCAGUUCAACUACAACCAGCACGUCCGUCUGGCCCGCUACCAGAUCCCGGGGUUCUUCAACGACCCGGACUUUCUCCUCGUUGAUCAUCCCUCCUUCUCGCUCGAGGAAAAGAAGAGUCAGUUCGCGCUCUGGUGCGCCUUUUCGGCGCCCUUGAUCCUCAGCACCGAAAUGUCGGCCUUGAAGCGCGAGGAGAUUGCGUACCUCACCAACAAGCACCUGCUCGCCGUCAACCAGGACAGGCUCGUUCAGCAGGCGACGCUCGUGAGCCGCGACGGAGCGUGGGAUGUUCUCUCCAAGAGCCUCGAGAAUGGCGAUCGCGUCAUCGCCGUGCUCAACAAGGGCUCCACCAGCGGCAGCAUCACCGUCUCCUGGGAUCGCAUCGGCCUGUCCCCCGACGCUCUCCUCGCGGCGGAACAAGUCUUGGUCUCCGUCCAAGACCUGUGGACGGGCGAGUCGGUCGAUCUGCUCGCGACCGAAAGCAGAGGCGUCACGGCCGAGAACGUCCCUUCUCACGGGACGGCCGUCUUCCGACUCAAAAAGUCGGCCAGUGCCGUCACGCCGACGGGGCUCAUCUUCAACACCCGCAGCAUGAAGUGUCUCACCGACCAGGACGGCGAGUCGACCCAGGUCCGGUUCGCCACCUGCAACGGCUCCGACGGCCAAACAUGGCGCGUGCGCUCUGAUGGACACAUCCACAGUCUGCUGCGUCGCAACGAGUGCCUCGUCGACGUCGAGGGAGAGAUGUCAACGGACCGUGCCGGUUGCCAGUCGAACGCGUGGCGGUACGAGACGUCCGGAAACCUGAUCCACGGAGGAUCCGGCCGUUGCUUGACCGAGGGUGCCGACGGUCGCGCGACGGCUGCCGCGUGCGGCAUCGAGCGCAACGAGCAGGUCGUCGGGCUCCCCAUAGGCGUCACGGUUGUUGGCAAUUGA